CGUACGUACGUAGGCUAUAUCGAAAGGAAUCCGAGUGAGGAUUUCGAGCCAUAUUUUCCUGGUUUUGCCGCUGUUGGAUCACAUUUUAAGACCAUUGAUUUCUUAGUCGUGAAGGAGAAGAUGCAUUCAAUUCUUUAAAAUCAUCCAAUCCUGGAACCUCCUUUUCCUGACCUUUGUCACUUGGCCUUCGACCUUUGAUCUCUUGUCCUGACUGGGGAUGGAUGACUCCGUGCUCACCGAUGAUUCCAUGGAGAACUUUGACGGGGAGCGUCCGAAAGGAGAGAGAUGGGCCCCCGUCGGCGCCGUCGCCCCCUCACCACCAACCAUCAUGGGAGAACAAAGUCAUGUAAACAUGGCAGACCAGCUGAGAAACCUUGAAGAGGAACAGGAGCAGUUGAAUUCGUCUCUUCUCGCUCUCACGUCCCACUUUGCCCAAGUUCAGUUUAGGCUCAAACAGGUCGUCACAGCCCCGGGUGGAGAGAAAGAGAGUUUACUGAAGGAGUUGGAGGAGUUUGCUUUCAAAGGCUGCCCCGACGUGAGAGGAUCCAAGUCCCAGGAUGCUAACACGCUAGAAGAUGACUGUGAACGAGAGCACGAGAGUAAAAUCACAGAGCAGAGAGAGAAGCAAGCGGAGCUCAUCAGCCAACUCAAGAACCAACUGGAAGAUAUUGAGACAUUUGCAUAUGAGGAGGGUACAGGUGACCUGCCACACACAAAGGUGUUGGAAAAACAGGAAACCAUCAUUGACCAGCUCAAGAACAAGCUAGACCUCAAUCUGGAAGACUUUGAGAAGCUUUCAACGGAUGAGCUCAAACAGAGGGUUGACUGCGCCAUUGGAAGGAUUGUGAACCCGGCUAAAGUCAAAGAACAGGUGAUACACCAGCUCAAGAACCAGAUUGUAGAUCUGGAGCGGUUUGUCGUCUACUUACAAGACGAGGCUCAAUCUCCUCUUGUCCUUUCAGCAAACGAGGAACCGUGUGAAUGUGAAGUCCAUAAACUUGCCCCACCCUCGAGGGAUAUUGAUGCCGUUUCAGAUGGGGGCUCAGACACCCAAUGCUGCACCCAUCCAGGCGGGAUGAAACCUAGAAAGAAAGCCAGAGGAAAGACCAAAGAAGAACUCAAGAAAAUUCGAGAGUCAAACAUCUCAAAUAUGAAGAAAGCUCUUGCCGUCCUGCAGUACAUCACGAUAUCACAGCUGGGUUGCGGGACGGAUAGGAUGAAAGAACGAACAAGGAGAGGAAAGGAUGACAUUGGAGCAGACUAUUACGACCUUCUUCAAGCAUUGGACAAAGCAACAGAGCAAGUGAUUGAAUUAGCCAAGAAGAAACAGAUACAAGAUGAACUAGAUAAAGACUACUAUGACAGCGACUCAUCAGAUAGCCCAGUAAGCCGACCUCUUGAUGAAGUCACAAUAGCAGUCAGGAGAGAGCUUGCUCCAGCGUUGAGGGCGCUGUUUGAACAUGGACUUGUCAGGAUGAGCACCAGUCAAGCUUUAAUGACACCAAUUACAGCCUGUCUUGCCCCACAAAGGUCUGCUGUGCCGAACGUCCAUGCGUGGGAAGUUUUCAGCAAAUACUUUGAAAUCAAGAAAGGGAAGCAGUUUGCCGAGUCCCCUGCCCGACGUCUCUCCCAAGCCUUCGAUCUGGACAUCGUAGGCGGGACGGCCAUCACGUCACGGCAGACCCUCCUUGCUGCCAUUGACCACGUCGAAGCCACGCAUCAACCGCUCAGAAGAAGUAAUGAAGCUCGGUUCAAGGCCUUUGUCUGUCAAGCACUCAAUGAACAGAAGUUAGCCUCCUGGUGCAGACUGGUGUGCCGGACACAUACUCUGAUGGAUAGCUUCUACCAGUCAUCGAGUUACAUGCUGAGAUCAGGAUUUGAUGGAGGGAUCCAGAUCUUAGACAAGCUGAGUGACAUCAAGUUUUGCCUGCCUGUCGAUCUUGCCAUUAAACAGUUCCAGAAUAUCAGAGAUGCCUUCUAGACCGGUACGUUCACACUCUUCCCUUCCCCUCUCCUCCUUCUGAGCACAGUAUGAACACAGUCUUCAUUCAGCAGUUAAUGCGGUUCAUUUACCAUGCAGUAAACCAAAUAGUUCUAAGCAGAGUAUGAACAGGGUUGUCGUUCAGGUGUUAGUGUACUUCAUCAACCAUGCUGAUAACCAGAAGUUGAAGCAGAGUAAGAACAGACAAUAAAAUAUGCCUUGUAGAAUAAUGUAUUCACACUCUUCCCAUCCCCUCUUCUCCUUGUGAGCAGAGGUAUGAACACAGCAGUCUUCAUUUAGUUUGUUUAGCAGCUGUGCAAUUCAUCAACAUUGCCGCAAGAUCGGUUUUAACAUGGAUGUAAACACAGAAAAUCGGAUGCCUUUUAGAUUAGUAGGUUUACACUGAUCCUAUCCCCUUCCCAAGAGCAGGGUAUGAACACAGCCUGUAUUUGGGUGCUGUUGCACUUCACAAACCCUCGCUGUAAAAUCAGAUUAGUUUGAGAAUAGUGUAUUCUUCCUAUUCCCUUCUCCAUGUGAGCAGAGGUAUGAACACAGUCUUCAUUUACUUUGUUUAGCUGCUGUGCAAUUCAUCAACAUUGCCGCAAGACCGGUUUUAAUCAGAGUGUUAUCACAAAAUUUUAAUGCCUUUUAGAAUAGUAGGUUCACACUGAUCCUAUCCCCUCCUUGUGAGCAGGGUAUGAACACAGCCCUUUUUCAGUUGCAGUGCUCCUUAUAGACCUUGUAGGACUAUUCUAACAAGAACACAAAUACAUUUUUCAGUUAGCUGUAUUAUGGCUCAUCUACUAGGCCAUUGUGGAUGAACUACAGUAUAAUUUUUGCCAAUAUGGAGUCGGAAACAUGACUGUAUAUUUGCUGCAAUUUUGUGAAUUUAAUUCAAUACUUAAUUCAGGGAAAGAUUUUCCUGACCAUGUAAAAAAAAAAAGCAGCUCAUAUCAUGGACAAGUUUCAUGUCUCAGUUGCCAAUUUGAGAGUAAAAAUUGAUUAAGUUUGCUUCAUUUACAAUGUUUAGCCACAAGUAUUAGGCAAUUAAUUUAUUAUGUUUUCAUAAUUUUGUUUAUUUCCAUUACCAACAAAAUGUAAUAAGAUACAUGGGAUUGCAUUGUACAUAGUAAAGCAAUGAAACUUAACAAUGUAAUUGGUCUACAGUGUACAAUAGGCAUAGAAAGCUGGUUGGUCAUGGAGGGGGCUGCUGAAAAGCUGGUCUUGUAGAUUGCAGCCCACUAUUUACGAGAUCUCUCUUCGAAAGUUUGGUCCAUGUACUUAUUGGGACUUGUUAAAUGGGAAUGAUUUUAUUCCUACUGAACUUCCAUUAAUUGUGUACAUGAACAUGUACAGUGAAAUGUUGAUUGUAGAAUGCUUAUAUUCAAUUAUGGAUUGUAAUACAAAUUUGAUUGAUGAUGAUGAUGUUGUCAUGAUCCAUUAGGCUUGCUAUAAUUGAUCUGAUUUUGUGAAAGCGUAUGAAAUUUAGUUGUUCUAAACGUGCAGAAUUGGGCUUGCCUGCAUAAAACCAUUCAAGGGAGGAAUCUGUUUUUUAUUUUCUGUCCUCCAAAAAUUCAUAUUUCUUAAAGAAAGAAUGUUAAUUUUUUGUUUAUACCACAUUGUUUGAAAAAAAUGAUUUUUAAGUCAACAUUGUAUUGUGUGGUGCAAAAAUAUUUCCUUUAGCGUUUCUUUU